AAUGUAUCUAUCUAUGUCUUAAAAGACUCUCACUUUCCAUGUCUGCUGCCUCAUGCCUAUAUAUACAUUCCUCCAUCACAGCAUAACUUUUAUUCUCUCUGUGUUUGUUGUUUUCACCUUUGAAAGCUUCAGAUCUCUCUCCCCUCUUUUUCCCUCUUUCUCAAGAACAAGUGAGAAAUAUCAUCAAAAUUCAAAUAAGCUGACCCCUUUUUACCCGGAUUUUCUUUCCCAUAUUUGGUUUAUCCACAAUUCAAGGAAUUAAGAUAAUACAGAUUACUGGACCCUUCUUGAAUGGGGAUAUCCUCUUCCUGCCCAUUUUCCAAGUACAGUGAUGUGGAUACUGGCUUGGAAUCUGUUAUUGUAAAGUCUAUUAGCUUUGGAGAUGAUGAAGCCAAAACUCCAGUACGGAUGAUUAGUUUUGGUGAUCAAGAUUAUGAGCCUGCAAUAUCGAAAUCUUUAGGUUCUGGGAAGAUGGUAGUGGAAAGAUCAGUUAGUUUUAAAGGGGGGGAAUUGGAAAGAAUGAUGUCUAUUAGAGCUUCUCCACUGGACAAAGAAAAAGAUGCCUCCACAAAGUCAGUUAGUAUAAACAGCAAAGAGAUGGAUAACCAGCCCCUAAUGUCAGAUGACAGUUUAGAGAUGAUUCGAAAGUCGGCAAUUUUUAAUCCCAAAAGCCCCAAACACGAGGCUGCUGUAAAAUUGCAGAAGGUGUAUAAAAGCUUCCGAACCAGGAGAAAGCUUGCAGAUUGUGCAGUUCUUGUUGAGCAGAGCUGGUGGAAACUCUUAGAUUUUGCAGAGCUCAAGCAGAGUUCUAUUUCAUUCUUUGACAUUGAGAAACAUGAAUCUGCCAUUUCUCGAUGGUCAAGAGCAAGAACAAGGGCCGCAAAGGUCGGAAAAGGUUUAUCAAAGAAUGACAAAGCACAAAAACUUUCUUUACAACACUGGCUUGAAGCGAUUGAUCCACGGCAUCGAUAUGGGCAUAAUCUUCAUUUCUAUUACCUUAAAUGGCUUCAAUCUAAAAGCAGAGAACCCUUUUUUUACUGGUUAGAUAUAGGAGAAGGCAAGGAAGUGAAUCUUGACAAAUGCCCUCGUUCAAAACUUCAACAACAGUGCAUCAAGUAUCUCGGUCCGAUGGAAAGAAAGGCCUAUGAAGUUGUUGUCAAGGAUGGGAAACUCGUCUACAAGGAGUCAGGGGAGCUUCUCCACUCCACAGAAGAUGCUAAGUGGAUUUUUGUUCUCAGCACAUCUAAGACCUUGUAUGUCGGCAAGAAGAUGAAAGGCAAGUUUCAGCAUUCUAGCUUCUUGGCUGGAGGAGUUGCAACUGCUGCUGGUAGAUUAGUUGUUGACGGUGGAGUUCUUAAGGCGGUUUGGCCUCACAGUGGUCAUUAUCGGCCUACAGAAGAAAAUUUUAAGGACUUCCUAUCAUUCCUCAGAGAAAACAAUGUCGAUCUCACAGAUGUGAAGACAUGUUCCACGGACGGGGAAGAUGAAGUCCUUUACAAACAAAGAAGCUGCAAACAUCUUAGAAACAACUCAUCAGAUGAGGACUUGAGUCAUGCAGUGAAUGAUUUAGAAACUAAGGAAGUUCAAGACUUGACUCCAGAAAAUACCUAUUCUGUCGAUGAAAAGACAUCUUCUGUGUUGGAACAACAGAAGCCAAGGCAGCUCAUCAACUUUGGUAGAAAAUUGACUAUUCUCAAAGUGCCAGAAAGGUGUGAAUUGGUUGAGGGACUGAAAAGUACAGAACAGCAUUCCUCGGAGCCAAAUCAUAACAUGUUUGAUGAAGAACUAGAAGGGAAUGACGCGGAAAAGAUUCCCGAUGAAGCAAUCAUGGAAAGGAUUAACUCUAAGAAAGGAAUUACAUCAUAUCAAUUGGGGAGUCAGGUGUCUUGCAAAUGGACAACAGGAGCUGGACCUCGGAUUAGCUGUGUCAGGGACUACCCUUCAGAACUCCAGUUCCGGGCUUUGGAGCAAGUGAACUUGUCUCCAAGAAGCACUGGUUUACUUGCUCGCAAGGCAUCCACACCGACUAAUUUUAGCGGGGAAUUGAGACCACCUACAGGCAUACCAGUGUCAGCAGGAUAAAAAUUAUGGCAAAGAAGGCUUCCCGUUUCUAAAGCACACUCAUUGCCUCCUGGGAAAGGGAAUCAUUGGCUUCGGUAGAAGUAGUUCCUAGUUGAUUUUUCUUUUCUGUGAAUAGAAAAGAUGAUACAUGAAAUCUUUCUUAUUCUUUUUCAUUUCUUUUCCUGUUGAAAUCAUUUAUACUGUUUCUUCUUUCCUUUUAUAGGUAUAAUCUUGUACAAGUUCGAACAAAAAUUGUAAACUCUUUUAGGGUUGUGAAACCCUUUAAUACAAAAGAAAAUAUCCAUUCAUUCUUUCCAUCA